AUGGCAUUAUGCGUCCCCGAGCCCGGCAAGCCGUCGUCUGAGCCAGUCCCCGCUCUGUCAGAUGUCUCCUCUACCCCCGCUAUGUCGGCUGUCUCCUCGACUCCCGCUUUGUCGGCUGUAUCCUCUACUCAGGACGGCGGAGCGCCUGUACCUACCACUACUAGCGUUAUCCUGCCUCCCCCAGGACGACCAGUUCCCACCACCAAUGUCCCCGAUGACGAGCCUUCCAGUGCUACUACUACGACUGUGCCUCCCUCGUCCUCAGGUCGCCCUGGUGAGCCCACAACCACUGCCGUCGAAACCGCUGGCGCUGCUCUCGCAACGCCUGUCGUUGGUAUGGGCUCGCUCGUCGCCAUGGGUGCUGCAGCCCUGGCUAUCAUGGCCUAG